GUUCCAACUUCCACGUUUCCAUUUUAGUAUUCAUCGACAGUCCAUGCCAAACCCAAUUUUUAUUUAUUAAUUUUUUGGUGUAAAACAGGAAAAAGAAAAUCCCCCAAUCGGCUAACGACCACAAUUCAAUUUUUUUUGUACAAUUUUAUGUUUUCCAGAAGAAAUUCAAUCAGAAAAAGAACCCAGAAAAUAAAGAAAAGGAAAAAAAAAGUUCAGCUGAGCAGAGCAGACCCAUAAUAAUCAGCAGCAGGAGUUCUUAUCCCUGCUGCCCCUUUUGACCCCACCUUUACGGGUCUGCUCUUAUUUUAACUCUUUCUUCCUCGAUUUCUGUAUAUGUUGCUGAUGAUAAUCAUAUUAUCGUUGUAAUUUUAUUAUACAAUUCCUUCCCAAGAAAUUUCUCCAAACUGGGUUGAAAAAAGUUCGCAACUUUCUUGCGCGUGAUUUGAUUGAGAAAGCAAGAAUUUGAAGAGAAAGGAGAUAUGGCGAUGAGGGACCUAGUUACGGGUGGGGCCGCUUGCGCGGUUCCGGGUUCAUCUUCCUCAUCAAAUCCUAUGGGUGCGCUCGCGAAUGCUCUUUUGGGCUCUUCUUCUAAAACCCAGGAACGGCUUCGAGAGAUUCCUACAUCAGCAACUCUUCCUUCUGAUGGAAACGCAUUUGUAGGAACCGGAGAGCCCUUGUCUGUUCUUCCCGGUUCAGAAUUUGAUCACCCUCCACAUCCUAAUGCACAGGUCGAUUACUAUUCUCCAUUUGACUGUUGAGUUACUCCAGAAACAUCAGUUACUUCAUCUCACAUUCAAAUUUGGCAGGGUUCAGCAUUCCUUCAAGGAUUCCGGUCCGCCGAUCAAAAUGGGCUGGCUGAUGUUUGGGACGAAAUACAUCAGCCUCAACAAAUUCCUUAUGGGAAUGAAGCAGCCAACUUCCCUUCAGAGCGCCCAGGGCUUCAACCAGAUAUGAAUGGGCCACCUCAAAGAGUACUGUCAAGUUUUUUGCAUUCGUUUGUAAAUAGUAGCCACGGUGGUAUUCCUUUUCGUCCAGCCCCACUUCCGGUUUUGGGAUUGUCUGAGGGGGAUAAACAAUGUAUACGAGAUCGGAGUAGCAUAAUGGCUCGACAUUUCUUUGCCGAUAAGAGCGACGACUUCAUUAAUGCACAGGUUAAUGCUUUGUUAUCUUCGUUAGAGAUUGAUAAUGAUGUUCGGGCUAGGGGCCCGAUGCAUGGACGAUACCGAGAGUUGGAGGAAUAUUGGAACGAGUCUCAAAGUAUGAGGCCACCUAUACCUAAUGCUGCAGAUGGGUGGGUUACUGAAUUUGCUCAUCAUCAUCCGGUUGGGCUUAGUGACCCUGGAAACUGGGUUCAGUCAUUUGAACAAGAACACGGAACCAAUGGAUGGGCCUCUGAAUUUGAACGUGAACAGUCCCAACUUUCAUCAUUGGACCGUAUGAGAGGUGGGGUUAUGCCUGACAUGGCUGCUAUGGAACAAUCUCGCAUGCUCGCUCACACUUUAGCUCAAAACAAUGACCCUAAGUUUCAGAAUUCAAAGUUUUUCCAAUUUGUAUCCAAAAUGAGUCGUGGUGAGCUCAGUAUUGAGGACAAUCAAUUUAAGGCAUCAUCAUCAACAGCUGGGGAUUGGGCGACAGAAUAUCAACAUCAAUAUGGUAGUGGUGGUCAGACAUGGGCGGACCAGUUCGUACAUGAAGAGCUUUCUAAAGGACCUGAUGGAUGGGCGAAUGAGUUUGCUGCCGAACGUGGGCAAAUCGAAUUAGUCAAUGAUGAGUGGGUGAAUGAAUUUUCUAAGUUACAUGUUAACGACUGGGCUGAAGAGUUUGGGCAGCAGGUUGCUGAAGGGGCAUUUGGGGAUAGUUCUGCUGAUAACUGGGCAAGUGCAUAUGAUGAGUUUGUGAAUGAACAAACGGCCUUGAAGCAGCGCUCAGAGAGGGGAGUAUAUGAGUUUUCUGAUUUGAACCCUUAUGUUGGUCACCCUAACCCUAUGAAAGAAGGUCAAGAACUAUUUCGUAAGGGUCUUUUGAGUGAAGCGGUUCUUGCUUUAGAGGCUGAAGUUCUGAAGAAUCCUGAAAAUGCUGAAGGUUGGAGGUUACUGGGUAUAGCCCAUGCUGAGAAUGAUGACGAUCAACAGGCAAUUGCAGCGAUGAUGCGUGCACAGGGGGCUGAUCCCACGAACCUCGAGGUUCUUCUUGCCCUUGGUGUGAGUCACACAAAUGAACUGGAGCAAGCAGCCGCAUUGAAGUAUUUGUAUAGUUGGCUUCGCCAUCACCCGAAGUAUGGAACAGUUGUCCCUCCAGAUCAGCCUGAGAAUCUUUAUUACGGUGAUGUUGCAACAUAUUUUAAUGAUGCGGCUAGAAUGUCACCUGAUGAUGCUGAUGUGCACAUUGUACUUGGAGUUUUGUACAACUUAUCUCGAGAAUAUGAUAAAGCCAUUGAAUCUUUCCAAACUGCGUUGAAACUGAAACCUAGAGACUACUCUCUCUGGAACAAGCUUGGAGCAACACAGGCCAAUAGUGUCCAGAGUGCUGAUGCCAUUUUGGCUUACCAACAGGCACUGGAUUUAAAGCCCAACUACGUGCGUGCUUGGGCGAACAUGGGAAUUAGCUACGCGAACCAGGGCAUGUACGAGGAUUCCAUACGUUACUAUGUUCGGGCUCUGGCCAUGAACCCUAAGGCAGAUAAUGCUUGGCAGUAUCUGAGAAUCUCCUUGAGCUGCGCUUCACGGAAUGACAUGUUGGAAGCGUGUGACGCAAGAAAUUUAGAUAUCCUUCAGAAGGAAUUCCCUCUCUGAAGAUCUUUCACGUCUGUUUUGAAGCCUUAGUUUUGAAAUCUCAAAAGUGGCUAGCUGUCAUCGGUUCAGGGUUCGUGGAUAUUGCCCUGCCUUUCUCUGUAAAUUAUACAUCGCUUCAUGGCAUUUCUUGAUGCGGUUCGGUGGCAGAACACACAUGCUCAUGGUUGAAGUUCUUGUACAUGACGAAAGAGAGAAAAAUAAGAAAAUAGCGCCAAUUGCGUAAGCCUACUUAUAAGGAUCAAAGAAUUGACAACAUAAUAAGGUAGAAGAAGAUUAGUAUUGUGUUUUGGAAGUCUGGAACUACAUUAUACUAGGACAUGUAUUCUGUAUUUGUUUUGACAGUGGAAAAAAAAAUCUGUAAAUCUGGGUCUUUGAUUUGAUGUUGGCUGUUAAAUCUAUAUACCAGUCUCACUCUUGGCAAGUGUUGAGGAAGCUGUGGGUUUUUGGUCAAUUACCAGGAUAGACUCUGUAAGUUCAUAUCUGCAGCAGAUGAUGCAUUCUUUUGCAUUUUGUUUCAGCAAAUGAUGUGUGCAACAAAGACUAACAAUAUCAGUCUAACAUUUGUAAAAUACAAAAAAAAUUUGUGGUUUCUUCUACUCUCUAUCUUGGGGAUAGUUCACAUAACCAUACCAUCCUUUUUUUCUUCUGUUGGACUUGGGUUACCACGCAGUGGUCAAGAAUCAAAGUGGUUGUAUUAUUAUUGCUCCAUCUGAAGCUUCCGUCCAUAUCAUUCAUUGGAGGGGAAAAAAAUGUAGAGAAACAUCUGUAACAGGAAGAAGAAGAAGAAAGAGAUGAUGUAACUAGGUGUGACAGUUGCCAUAGACAGCUUUUUUAGAAGUCGUGAUGGACGCAAGAAUUUCUCAAUCUGCAAUCAUUUUGUCCUUGAGUUCAUCAAUCUACAACAUUUUCCUAGGGUCAAUCUCUUUCUUUGAUUUUAUUUUUUUUUCCUUUGGCUACAAAAAUGGUUAAUGAUCAGUGGUGGAUGAAAUGAAGGAGAUUUCAUUUUAUUUUUAGAGUAAAAUGUCAACAAAUUUACGCUAAACUUUGAGCAUUUUCUUCAGGAAAAGAUAUCAACAGUUCAAGGACAACUAAUAAAAGAUUUAAGGUUGUAUUUUAUUUUAUUUUUAAAAAAAUCUACCGCAGUGAAUCUCACGUAAAUGUGAGUAAAACU